AUGGAUUUGGUAUCCGGUCAAAACGAAAAAUUGAAAUACCCAAAGUCCAUAUGGUUUAUCGUACUCAAUGAAUUAUGCGAACGGUUUACCUAUUACGGAAUGAGAACUGUCUUGGUCUUGUACCUGACAACAAUAUUGAAGUUUGACGGUGAAGAUUCGACCAUAAUUUAUCACAGUUUCGUAUUUCUGGCGUUUUUCAUGCCGUUGCCUGGUGCGAUCCUCGCUGACUCUUAUUGGGGAAAAUUCAAAACGAUCAUGUGUUUGUCAGUGGUGUAUGCACUGGGGAACAUUGUGCUCACCGGUUCUUCGAUGGCAGAUAUGUUUAGCCUCGACGUUCAAAAAAUCAUUGCUUUACUUGGGUUAUUUUUGGUAUCCGUCGGUACGGGGGGCAUAAAACCAUGCGUUUUCACUUUCGGUGGUGAUCAAUUCCGGUUGCCUGAGCAAGAAAAACAACUGCUACACUACACUACCAAGUUCACGUUCGCAAUCAAUGUUGGUGCAUUGUUCUCAACGUUUCUGACACCCGAGUUGAGACAAAGCGUACAUUGUCUCGGCCGAGACACGUGUUUUCCGUUGGCUUUUGGUGUGCCUGCCGUGCUCAUGUUGACCGCCAUAGUGAUAUUCGUAUCUGGGAAAAACAUGUACGUGAAGAAGAAACCGGAACAUAACGUCAUUGGCAGAACAUUCGGUUGCAUUUUCUACGCGCUGCGCACGAAGAUGACUUCACGGGUCCCGUGCCAAUCACACUGGCUGGAUAAUGCAAAGGGAGUGUACACCGAAGCGGAAAUCUCGGAUACGAGGACAGCCCUGGACGUGAUCAGUGUGUUUGUGGCUUAUCCGGUGUUUUGGUCCUUAUACGAACAACAGGGUUCCAAAUGGACUCUACAAGCGACGCUGAUGAAUGGCCGUGUGGACUUCUUAGACUGGACAAUCAAACCAGAUCAAAUGCAGACACUAGUGCCAUUGUUCGGACUGACGUUCCUCGUUCUCUUCGACGUCGCCUUAUAUCCGUUGCUCGCCAAGGUCGGCAUCCGGAAACCUUUACAAAAACUCACGUUGAGCGGUGUCUUGGCCGUCAUAGCAUUUGUGAUCGCAGCCAUACUGCAGUUUAACAUUUUCGGAAACACCGCUGAGAUACCGUCUGGACAAGGACUCCUAAACAUUUACAACGGAUUCGAUUGCAAAGUGUUCGUACGUUCGAGGACGUUACACGUGCAGGAUCACAUAGGUUCGCUGGAAAUGAUAAACGUUACGCAUACAGUCUUGUCACGGGAUGACGUCCUCAUCACAUUAGAAUUUGAACCUGAGUGCCCAUUUGUACCAGAGAAAUACGAGUUCGAUACCACCGUGACGAUAAUCGAAGGAGAGGAGAAUUCUUAUCACUUGGUCAAUUUAAAACCAAACACAAUAGCAUUAAAACACGUUGGCGUUGGUGAUAGUUUGGUUAAAGAAAAAUUUGGAAACCCUAACUUAAGAAUUUUGAUCGACUACACAUUUGAUUUUGAUGAUAAUAUUACAUUGACCAGUGCAGAUCAAAACUCGCUCAUCUCAUACCGUCUCUCUCAGUUUCGAGGGAUGAACUUUAAUGCCGUUAAGGUAGGGAAAUAUAAUUUAGUGAACAACGGAAAACUAUUGACCAUUGCACCUGUGGACAUAAUACCAGCCACGUUUUAUACACUCACUUUACAACGAAAUGGCGAUAAAAUGGAUGUACGAUUAUUCACCGAAAACGAAGGGAACUAUAUUCACAUUCUGUGGCAGUUACCACAAUAUAUGUGUAUGAUCAUAGCCGACGUCAUAUUCGUGGUCACGACGUUAGAAUUUUCUUUUACAGAGGCACCGAUAAACAUAAAGUCGUUCAUAUCUGCUGUAAGUUUAUUGACAACGGCUUUGGGAAAUCUAUUGGUAGUAAUCAUAUCGACAAUAUCAAUUAAAAAUCAGGCACAUGAAUAUCUUCUAUACUCCGGUCUCAUGCUUGCUGACACACUGUUAUUGGCCUAUUUCAGUAUGGUUUAUCGGAGUAAGACUACCAAAGAGACUAACGCAAUAGCACACACUACCGAAAACAAAAAGGAAGAAAUAACUGUUUUCGACUGA